AUGGUUUCUUCUACCUGGCAAUGGAGGAAAUUUGACGCGGCUCCAUCGCCAUCGCCACCAGCGCCUGGCAUUCCCGCGAUCGCAAGCUUUAUCAAGCACUGCUCCUCCAAUCUCGCCGGCCUCCGCAAGGUCCAUUCCCAGAUCAAGCGCAGCGGCAUCGACUCGAGGGAUCGCUACAUCGGCAACCUUCUCAUCGGCGCCUACAGCAGCCAUGGCGACGAGGGCGGCAUCGCGGACGCCAGGGCAGUGCUCGUGAACCUGGCCCGCCCCAGUGUCAAGUCGUGGAACAUCUUGAUCGCGGCGUGCGUGAGGCAAGGGCAAGAGCGCGCGGCGCUGGAGCUCUACGCGGCUAUGAAUUGCGAGGGAAGGACGCGCCCGGACGCGAUCACGAUGGUAAGCAUCCUCAGCGCUUGCUCCAUUCUGGGAGAGCUCGGCGCAGGGAAAGCUCUUCACGAGAGGAUCCUCGCUGAUGGUUUCGAUUCCAACGCGAUCGUUGCCACGGCUGUGGUGACGAUGUAUUUCAAGUGUAGCAGCAUCGAUCGAGCGAGGAAAGCAUUUGACGGGAUGAAGAACAGGACUGUCGUGUCUUGGAACACGAUGAUCACAGCAUAUGCCCACAGAGGGGAUUUUUUCCAGGCAAUGUUUCUCUUUGAGAGCAUGGAUCUGGAGAGGGAUUGCUUCACAUACUCGGCGAUUCUGGGUGCCGCAAAAGAUCUCAAGGCCGGAAGGAAAAUCCACCAGAUGAUCUUGGCCUCUGGAAUUCGCUUGGACGUGGCAGCUUUCAACGCUCUCGUGAGCAUGUAUGUGAGAGGUGGAAGCAUGGGCGAAGCGAGAGAGGCUUUCGAGUCCAUGACGAUCAGAGACAUCGUUUCCUGGAACGCUAUGAUCGCUGGUUACGUCCAGUUUGGUUAUGGAGUCCCUGCGAUCGAGCUCUACGAGAGAAUGGUUUCGUCUCCUCAAAAACCCAACGCGAUCACUUACGCCAGCGUUCUCGCGGCUUGCUCGAUCGCUGGAGAUGCCACCAAAGGGAGAAAAAUCCACAGCAAAGUCGCUGUUUCCGGGGCCUACGAUUCUUCCAUCACCGUCCAAAACGCGCUCGUCAACUUUUAUGCAAAGUGUGGCAGCUUUGGCGAGGCCGAGUCGGUGUUCGGAAGAAUGCGCUUCAGGGACUUGUUCUCGUGGAACUCGAUGCUAGCGGCGUGCUCCAAGCACCAGAAGUGUGAUGCCAUGGAGCUCAUCCUUCGGCAGCAAAUCCUCGAGGGGUUCCAACCAGAUCAACAAAGCUUGGAACACUUUAGCUCGAUGCUCCAAGAUCACUAUCUUCAGCCAGUUCCGGAGCACUACAGAUGUGUUUUGGAUCUCUUGGGACGAGCGGGGCUGCUUUACGAGGCCGAGGCUUUGAUCCAGAGCAUGCCAUUCCAGCCGGAUGAAGUUGCUUGGAAGUGUUUGCUCUCGGCGUGUAACAAUCACGGAGAUGCCGAUCGAGGAGCCACCAUCGCGAAGCAAGUUCUUCGUUCCGAGUCUGGGAGGUCAGCUUCUUACGUUCUCGUCUCCCAGACCAGGUGAAGAAGGCAAGGCUGUCAGCUCCGGCGCUUAGAGGAUAGCGAGAAAAACCUCAAAUUGUCGUGAAAUUUUCAGGCAUAACGUCUGCUCCAAUCUUCUAUUGUUCUUGAUUCUCUAUACAUAAAGAAUCAACUGACUCUAUAUAUAGUCAGUGUUUGCAGAUAGCUGCGCGAUGAGAACAAAAUCUCGCAGGAACCAAAGGUACAUUUACAUUUGAGAAACAAGACAGCGGGAUUGUCAUUGUGCUUCAAGUUUUCAAUCACGCGUAAUUUCCUACGUGACACGCCUUAUAACUUCUUAGGACCGGGUUAGUUCGCCACAGUUUUCUUCCUCGGAACUGUUCAUAACCAGGAGGUAAAGUUUUGCUAUUUUUCUUUCCAAGUCCGAAGCUACAGUAUAUAUCUGCGUAGAUUUUUACUACUCUAAAUUAUUCAUUUUCAUUUUCUUCGCAAUGUACUGAGAAAGACAUUAUUUUAAAUCUUUUGAAAUAAUCAUAGUAAUAGGUUAUUAAAUAAA